CCCGUCCUUCCCCCUUCCUCAUGCCUGCCUCUCGGAGCUCACGAACUUCCCACUGUUACAAUCACUGUCUCCACACUACUUUUGUCUCGGACAGCGGACCUGCCUGCUAUGGCCGAGCCCCGAAUCCUCCUUUGGCUCUGCAUCCUGGUCCUCUGCCUGGCAGGCUCCGGCUUCAUCAGAGGGCAGACGGUGCGGUCUAAACGCUGUGACAUCCACACCAAGUUCAUCACUCACACCCCCUGCACCGCAUGUGCCGCAAUUAGGAGGCGGUUAUGUCCCUCGGGCUGGUCUCGGAAUUUCCCAGAGAAGAUACUUCUGGACUGUCGCUACGAGUUGCAGCUCAGGGGCUCUGUGGUAUCCUUAAGUGGCUGUAGCCAGGAGUGCUGGAAGGACGUGGUACAGAAGGCCUGCUGCCCCGGCUACUGGGGAUCCCAGUGCUAUGAGUGCCCCGGUGGUCCGGCGACACCAUGUAGUGGCCACGGGACCUGCCUGGAUGGCAUAGGUGGAAAUGGGACCUGUGUGUGUCAGGAGAACUUUAGCGGCUCAGCCUGCCAAGACUGCCGAGAUCCCAACAGAUUUGGGCCUGACUGCCAAUCAGUGUGCAACUGUGUGCAUGGCGUGUGCAGCCGUGGGCCACAAGGGAAUGGAAGCUGCCAGUGUUUUGCUGGAUACACCGGUCCUCACUGUGACCAAGAGCUCCCAGUCUGCCAGAGCCUGAGAUGCCCCCAGAAUUCCCAGUGCUCCGCAGAGGCACCCGCCUGCAAAUGCCUGCCUGGAUACAUUCAGCAAGACAAUGCGUGUCUUCGUCUUGACCCCUGUCAGCCAUCUCCUUGCUCCUCACUGGCCCGAUGUUCAAUGACUCUCAGCGGGCAGCCUCAGUGUCACUGCCCAGAGAAUUACCACGGUGAUGGGAAAGUGUGUCUGCCCCAGGACCCAUGCCUCACCAACUUUGGUGGCUGCCCCAGCAACUCUACCUUCUGCCUAUACCGUGCUCCAGGCAAGGCCACCUGCAUGUGCUGGCCAGGUAUGACAAGCAUUAACAACGAUGCUUCUGAGGGAUGCCAUGUCUCAUGCAAACCACAUUCCUGUGACAAAUCAGCCACUUGUCAAGUGACCCCUGAUAGAAAGACCAGCUGCGUGUGCAAAAGUGAUGAGGUGGGUGACGGCUACGCCUGCUACGGACAUCUGCUCCACGAGGUUCAGAGGGCCAAUCAGAUUGGCCUGGUGUUGCUGCGGCUAAGAGUGGCCAUUGCCAUGCUGGAGCAGGGCUGCCAGGAGAUCCUUACCACAUCGGGCCCAUUCACCGUUCUGGUGCCAUCCAUGUUCUCGGUCUCCGCCGUUUCCUCCAGUAACAUGAAUGCAACACUUGCCCAGCAGCUGUGCAGACAACACAUCAUCCCAGGAGAGCACAUCCUGGAGAAUAUAGGGCCCUCAAAUACACGCAGGUGGUGGACACUGGCUGGCCAGGAGAUCACCGUCACUUUCAAAAACCUGAGAUAUUCCUACAAGUACGAGGACCAGCCCCAGCAGUUCAGUAUCCAGAAGGCCAACUACAUAGCUGCUAAUGGGGUCUUCCAUACGGUCACUGCCCUACGAUGGCAGCUUCCACCCCCACUUCCGGGGGACCCCAAGAAAACCGUUGGCCAGAUACUCGCUUCGACGGAGGCUUUCACACGGUUUGAAACUAUCCUGGAGAACUGUGGGCUGCCAUCCAUCCUGGAUGGGCCUGGACCCUUCACAGUCUUUGCCCCAAGCAACGAAGCCGUGGACAGCCUUCGGGAUGGCCGACUGAUCUACCUUUUCACAGCAGGCCUUUCCAAACUUCAGGAGCUGGUACGGUACCACAUCUACAAUCAUGGCCAGCUGACAGUUGAGAAGCUCAUCUCUAAGGGACGUGUCCUCACCAUGGCCAACCAGGUCCUGACUGUGAAUAUCUCUGAAGAGGGACGCAUCCUGCUGGGACCCGAGGGCGUCCCCGUGCGGAGGGUCGAUGUGCCGGCUGCCAACGGUGUGAUACACAUGCUGGAAGGCAUCCUGCUGCCCCCCACCAUCUUGCCCAUCCUUCCCAAGCACUGCGAUGAAGAGCAGCACCAGACUGUGCUGGGUUCUUGUGUGGACUGCCAAGCCUUGAACACCAGUGUAUGCCCCCCAAACAGUGUGAAAAUGGACAUCUUCCCCAAGGAGUGUGUGUAUACGCACGACCCAGCUGGGCUCAACGUCCUGAAGAAAGGCUGUGCUGAGUACUGCAACCAGACCAUCACAAAACGCGGCUGCUGCAAAGGGUUCUUUGGGCCCGACUGCACACAGUGUCCUGGGGGCUUCUCCAACCCCUGCUACGGCAAAGGCAACUGCAGCGAUGGGGUUCAGGGCAAUGGAGCCUGCCUCUGCUUUCCAGACUACAAGGGGAUCGCCUGCCAUAUUUGUUCCAACCCAAACAAGCAUGGUGAACAGUGCCAGGAGGACUGUGGUUGUGUCCAUGGCCUGUGUGACAACCGUCCUGGCAGUGGAGGGGUGUGCCAGCAGGGUACAUGUGCCCCUGGCUUCCAAGGCCGCUUCUGCAAUGAGUCCAUGGGAAACUGUGGAUCCCUAGGGCUGGCCCAGCCCUGCCACCCAGACGCUCACUGUGUUAUUCAGGAGGGCGUCGCCAGGUGCGUCUGCCACGAUGGUUUUGAAGGUAAUGGUUUCUCCUGCAAACGCAGCAGUCCUUGCUCUCGCCCAGACCGAGGUGGCUGCUCCGAGAACGCUGAAUGUGUCCCUGGAGACCUGGGUACCCACCAAUGCAUUUGCCACAAAGGCUGGAGUGGGGAUGGCCGCAUCUGUGUGGCCAUCGAUGAAUGCGGGCUGGACACUCGAGGUGGCUGCCAUGCGGAUGCUCUCUGCAGCUAUGUGGGGCCUGGACAGAGCCGAUGCACAUGUAAGCUGGGCUUCGCUGGAGACGGUUACGAGUGCAGCCCCAUUGACCCCUGUCGCAUAGGCAACGGGGGCUGCCAUGGCCUGGCUACCUGCAAGGCAGUGGGGGGAGGCCAGCGGGUUUGCACGUGCCCCCCUCAUUUUGGUGGUGAUGGCUUCAGUUGCUAUGGAGACAUCAUCCAGGAACUGGAGGCAAAUGCCCACUUCUCUGCCUUCUCCCAGUGGUUUAAGAACUCGAGCAUCACUCUCCCGGCUGACGGUAAACUCACAGCCCUGGUGCCCUCUGAAUCUGCCAUCCGUAGACUGAGCCCCGAGGAUCAGGCCUUCUGGUUGCAGCCAAAGACGCUGCCAGAACUGGUCAGGGCCCACUUUCUCCAGGGUGCGUUCUCAGAGGAGGAGCUGGCCCGGUUAAGUGGGCAACAGGUGGCCACACUGAGCGCCACGACACACUGGCAGAUUCACAACACCAGUGGGAGAGUCCAGGUGCAGAAUGCCACUGUGGAUGUACCCGACCUCCUCGCCACCAAUGGCGUCCUACAUAUUAUUAGCCAGGUCUUGUUGCCUCCGAGAGGUGACAUGCAGACUGGGCCGGGGUUGCUGCAGCAACUGGAUAGUGUGCCUGCCUUCCGUCUCUUCGGGGAACAGCUAAAGCACCACAAACUGGUAGCCCAAAUAGAGGCUGCCAAAGCCUACACCAUCUUCGUGCCCACAAAUCACUCUCUGGAGACCCAGGGCAACAACAGUAUCCUGGGCAUAGACGUAGUGCGACAUCACGUGAUCCUCGGGGAGGCACUGUCCGUGGAGGUCCUGCGGAAAGGGGGACACCGCAACUCCCUCCUGGGCCCUGCCCAUUGGCUGGUUUUCUACAAUCAUAGUGGCCAGCCUGAGGUGAACCACGUGCCGCUGGAGGGCCCUUUGCUGGAAGCCCCAGGCAGUGCCCUCUUUGGACUGUCGGGGAUCUUGGCAGUGGGCUCCAGCCGUUGCCUGCACAGCCACGCGGAGGCUCUUCGGGAGAAAUGUGUAAACUGCACCCGGAAAUUCCGCUGUACUCAAGGCUUCCAGCUGCAGAACAUACCGAGGAAGAGCUGUGUCUACAGAUCUGGGUUAUCUUUCUCCCGGGGCUGUUCCUACACAUGUGCCAAGAAGAUCCAGGUGCCCGACUGCUGCCCAGGCUUCUUUGGCACCCUCUGUGAGCCAUGCCCAGGGGGUCUAGGUGGGGUGUGCUCAGGCCACGGGCAGUGCCAAGACAGGUUCCUGGGCAAUGGGGAAUGUCGCUGCCAAGAGGGAUUCCAUGGAACGGCCUGUGAGAUGUGUGAGCUGGGCCGCUAUGGGCCCACCUGUUCAGGAGUAUGCGACUGUGACCACGGGCUGUGCCAGGAGGGGCUGCGUGGCAACGGAAGCUGUAUCUGUAAUGUGGGCUGGCAGGGUCUCCGCUGUGACCAGAAAAUCACUGAUCGUCAAUGUCCCAAGAAGUGCGAUCCCAAUGCCAACUGCAUACAGGACUCUGCUGGAAUCCCGGUGUGUGUCUGUGCUGCAGGAUACUCGGGCAAUGGCAGUUACUGCUCAGAGGUGGAUCCCUGUACCUCUGGCCAUGGGGGCUGCUCGCCCUAUGCCAACUGUACCAAGGUGGCUCCGGGACAACGGACGUGCACCUGCCUGGAUGGCUACACGGGUGACGGGGAGCUGUGCCAGGAAAUAAACAGCUGUCUCGUCCACAAUGGGGGCUGUCAUGUGAACGCUGAGUGUAUCCCCACAGGCCCCCAGCAGGUCUCCUGCAACUGCCGUGAGGGCUACAGUGGCGAUGGCGUUCAGUCUUGCAAGCUCCUGGAUCCUUGCUCCCAGAACAAUGGAGGCUGCAGCCCUUAUGCUGUGUGCAAAAGCACAGGAGACGGACAGAGGACAUGUUCCUGUGAUUCAACUCAUACUGUGGGGGACGGCAUCACCUGUCAUGGGCGAGUUGGACUGGAGCUCCUACGGAACAAGUAUGCCUCGUUCUUCAGCCUCCACCUCCUGGAAUACAAGGAGCUCAAAGGCGAUGGGCCAUUCACCAUCUUCGUGCCACAUUCUGAUUUAAUAAGCAACAUGUCACAGGGGGAGCUGGCGAGGAUGCGGGCUCACCGUCAGCUCGUGUUUCGCUACCACGUGCUUGGCUGCCGGAAGCUGGGGAGCCAAGAGCUGCUGGACCAGGGAUACGUCACCGCGCUGUCUGGACACACUCUGCGCAUUAGUGAGAGGGAGGGCAGCAUUUAUCUUAAUGACUUUGCUCGGGUGGUAAGCAGCGAUCACGAGGCAGUGAACGGUGUCCUGCACUUCAUCGACCGUGUCCUGCUGCCGCCAGACGUGCUACACUGGGAGGCUGAUACUAUCCCAAUCCCUCGGAGAAAUGUCACUGCUGCCGCUGAAAGCUUCCAAUACAAGAUCUUUAGCCGACUGCUGACGGUGGCUGGCCUCCUGCCCAUGCUUCAAGAUGCAUCCCAUCGUCCCUUCACCAUGCUGUGGCCCACAGAUUCUGCCCUGCAAGCCCUGUCUCCUGAUCGGAAGAACUGGCUCUACCACGAGGACCACCGUGACAAACUGGCGGCCAUUUUGCGUGGUCAUGUGAUUCGCAACAUUGAGGCCUCGGCAUCUGAUCUACCCAACCUGGGCCAACUCCGAACCAUGCACGGAAACACCAUCUCCUUCUCCUGUGGUCUUGCCCGGCCCGGCGAGCUCAUGGUAGGUGAGAACGAGGCCCGCAUCGUGCAACGGUACUUGCCCUUUGAAGGGGGCCUGGCUUAUGGCAUUGACCAGCUGUUGGAGCCACCUGACCUUGGUGCCCGCUGUGAUCGCUUUGAACCCCAGCCGCUUCAAAUGAAGACUUGCAGCAUCUGUGGAUUGGAGCCACCCUGUCCUCGGGGCUCCCGGGAGCAGGGCAGCCCUGAGGCCUGCUGGCGUCACUACUCCAAGUUCUGGGCAACUCCUCUGCAUUCCAUAACCAUGCGUGGAGGUUCCUGGAUAACGCCUAGUUUUUGGAACCGCAACCACAUGGGUAGGGGCUGCCACCGCAAAUGUGUCACCACCGUCUGGAAGCCUAGCUGUUGCCCUGGUCACUAUGGCACUGACUGCCACGCUUGCCCCGGUGGUUCCAGAAGCCCCUGCAGUGGCCACGGUGUGUGCCUGGAUGGCAUAAGCGGAAGUGGGCAGUGCAAUUGUCAUCCGGGCUUUGCCGGGACAGCCUGUGAACUCUGUGCCCCAGGUGCCUUCGGACCCCAGUGCCAAGCAUGCCGCUGUGCCCCACAUGGGCAUUGCGAUGAAGGUCUCGGGGGCUCUGGCUCCUGCUUCUGCGAUGAGGGCUGGACUGGGCCACACUGUGAUGUGCAGCUGGAGUUGCAGCCCGUGUGCACCCCGCCCUGUGCACCCCAGGCCGUGUGCCGUGUGGGCAACAGCUGUGAGUGCAGCCUGGGCUAUGAAGGGGACGGCCGUGUGUGCACAGUGGCAGACCUGUGCCAGAAGGGGCACGGUGGCUGCAGUAAGCACGCCAACUGCAGCCAGGUGGGGACAGUGGUCACCUGUACCUGCCUGCCUGCCUAUGAGGGUGAUGGUUGGAGUUGCCGAGCUCGCAACCCCUGCUUGGAUGGCCACCGUGGAGGUUGCAGUGAGCAUGCCGACUGCUUUAACACCGGCCCGAACACACGGCGCUGUGAAUGCCACACUGGCUACGUGGGUGAUGGGCUGCAGUGUCUGGAGGAGCUUGAACCCCCUGUGGACCGAUGCCUGGCAGAGUCCUCACCAUGCCACACAGAUGCUUUGUGCACAGACCUACAUUUCCAGGAAAAACAGGCUGGCGUCUUCCACAUCCAGGCCACCAGUGGCCCUUAUGGCUUGACCUUCUCAGAGGCCAAGGAAGCCUGUGAGGACCAGGGAGCCGACCUUGCUUCCCUCCCUCAACUCUCUGCGGCCCAGCAGCUAGGUUUUCACGUCUGCUUCCUGGGCUGGUUGGCCAAUGGCUCUGCUGCCCACCCUGUGGUCACCCCGGCGGCAGACUGUGGUAAUAAUCGUGUAGGUGUAAUCAGCCUCGGCGUCCGCAAGAACCUCUCAGAGCGCUGGGAUGCCUACUGUUACCGUGUGCGAGAUGUGGCUUGCCAAUGUCGGGUCGGCUUCGUGGGUGACGGGAUCAGCACGUGCAACGGGAAACUGCUUGAUGUCCUCGCUGCUACUGCCAACUUCUCCACCUUCUAUGGGAUGCUGCUGGGCUAUGCCAAUGCCACCCAGCGAGGUCUUGACUUUAUGGACUUCCUUGAAGAUGAGCUCAUCUACAAGACACUCUUUGUCCCUGUCAAUGAAGGCUUUCUGGACAACAUGACACUGAGUGGCCCAGACCUAGAACUCCAUGCUUCUAAUGCCACCUUUCUGAGUGCCAACGCCAGCCAGGGGACGUUGCUUCCUGCCCACUCAGGUCUUAGUCUCUUCAUAAGUGACACAGGUCCUGACAACAUUUCUUUGGUUCCUCUGGCCCCGGGGGCAGUUGUGGUUAGCCACGUCAUGGUGUGGGACAUCAUGGCUUUCAAUGGCGUCAUCCAUGCUCUGGCCAGCCCCCUGCUCACGCCUCCCCAGCCUAGGGCAGUGCUGGGAUCUGAGCCGCAACCUGUGGCGUUAAGUUUGGGGGUUGUGAUAACUUGUGGAACGCUGCUGGGGCUGGUAGCUGGAGCCCUCUACCUGCGUGCCCGACGCAAGGCUCCAGGCUUCAGCUUCUCUGUCUUCCAGGCAGAAGAUAACGCUGAUGACGACUUCUCUCCAUGGCAAGAAGGGACCAGCCCGACCCUGGUUUCUGUCCCCAACCCUGUUUUUGGCAGCAGCGACAUCUUUUGUGAACCCUUUGACGAUUCAGUCCUGGAGGAGGACUUCCCAGACACCCAAAGAGUCCUCAAGGUCAAAUGAUGGGCUGGAAUGGAGCAUGGACGACACAGACUACUUUUAUUGCUUGUCAGGGUGGCUGAAAGGCCGAUAGUUUGUCGAGGACAAUAAAAGCGCCCUCAGCGGAUGUGGGCCAUGUCACCAAGAAA